AUGCAUCUCUGUGGCGAUGCCUCGUUCAGUUCCAGACAGGUCUUCCCCUGCACUACCACCCCAUCCUACGCGACGUCCGUGCCGUCGCGGCUUCCAGGUCACGUGGUGUCCCUUGCCACGUUGGUGCAAUCCACGACUGUGUCAACCAAACCCAGCGAUUUGCAACUCGUGUGGAAGUUUGCUGCUCGCAACGGACAUCUCCAAGUGAUCCAGUACCUGCACAUGCGACAGGUCGCUGGAUGCACACCCCAUGUGAUGGACACUGCUGCCGCCAACGGACACCUUGACAUUGUUGCCUUCCUGCACUUGUACCGAACAGAAGGGUGCACCAAGGAGGCCAUGGACGCAGCAGCAUGCAAGGGUUUUCUCGACGUGGUGCAGUUUCUCCACUACAACCGCAACGAAGGCUGUACGAAGUUAGCGAUGACGUGGGCCGCGCGACUCAACCAAGUUCACGUGGUUCGCUUUCUAAGCGAGAAUCGCACGGAAGGGUGCUCAAGGAAAGCUCUGGACUGGGCCGCCAAGUAUGGUCAUUUGGAUGUUGUCAAGUAUUUGUAUGUCCAUCGCCCUGAAGGAAGUCCUGCGCGCGCCCUCGUCGAAGCCGCCAAGGCUAGACAGAUGGACGUCGUGCGUUAUCUCGCAUUGCAGUCGAAGAACAUUCGCCCAUGGAUGCAUCGUGCCAUGGCUGUUCCAGAACGCCGUGGAUAUCUCCGCCACCCACUUGUCGUGCAAGGCACUCGCAGUGCGGACGAAAUGGGUCAUGUCGUCGAAACGGCGCUCGAAACUGCGCUUGAUGCGGGGCGUCACGCCUUUGCCCAUCAUUCAUUUGAGUCGUUGCCUCAAGUCGCUGUGCUCAAGUGA